AUUUGAAGAGCUCAUGCCACUCUCUCUAAAGAAAACUUUGGGCCUUGGACAUGACCAAGUCCUCUUAAAGGCCUCUUGUCUCUUCUUCACUAGAGUUCACCUGAUCACUCAAGGAGAGCACCUUCUCUUGUUGCUUGAAGAAUUGCACAAACAAUUGAUCAUAAACAUAUUGAAUAUCCUCAAAGUAAUCUUCAUCCUCCACACACGUGGGGAUUUCCACGUCCUUGUCAUGUAUCUCCGGGGAGACAAGAGUGGUCCUGCAAAACCCGUAAAGUUCUCUUCAUCAUCUCAAGGAGAGGAGUCAUCACCCGUCCACUCACUUUCACGAUCACGCUAA